AUGGCGAACAAGACAGACACCUACGCCCUGCACUCGCGCGGCACUGAUCCGCAGAAUCUCCUGGAGCCAUCGCUCCGCCACAGCGUGUACCUCUCGCGCUUCUGGAACGAAUCCUGUUUCGGCGUGACACUAGCCGACGUUGUUCCCCUCGCCGCUCGGCUUGACCGUAUCUCUGCCGUCACCGCCCCUCCCACCCCCUUUCUCUGCCUCCUCCUCAAGCUGCUACAGCUCUCCCCCGAGGAGCCCGAGAUCGCCGUGUUUCUUACGCAAAACGACUUUAAAUACGCGCGCCUGCUCGGAGCCUUCUACGUGCGGCUCGCCCUACCGCCCCCACGCGUAUAUGCAUUGCUUGAGCCGUUGCUGGCGGACUUACGGAAGAUCGUUGUUAGAGAAGGAGCAUCCGCGGAGCAUGCUAUCGUUCAUGUCGAUGAGCUCAUCGACCGCCUCCUGCGAGAACAUCUCGUUGUUGGCAUCACGCUGCCGCGCUUACCGCCCAGGCAUGUCGUCGAGGAGAGCUUUGUCCAGCUGCCACCUCGACCUCAGCUUCUGCAAGGCUUGUAG